AUGCACGAGUUGGAACACACACCAGGAGAUAGCACUGCCAACGCUCCAGCUCACUCCAUCAUGAAAAUGCAAUUAACGGAACAUCAGCAACAUCACGAACAACUAGUCAACGAUUCUUCGAAUAGUUCCAAUACAGACCCUCAUGAUGCUUCUUUUACUGUUUCUUUUGAACCCGAGGUUAUCAAAAUGGAUAUUAUCCAAGAUAACAAUGCCCACAACCACUCUCCUUCCUUCGACUCUCCCACAAAGAAACACAAGUUAAAUGAGCAAUUUACGCAUUGUCCGUUUCGCGUGUCUACUAAUUUCUUUCUCUCACUGUGUUCUAGGUUGUCCAAGUCUUCAUUUCUCGAUAAGGGAUUGUUCAAUGUAUUUAACCUUGGAUUUUCUUUCUUCUUGUUGUUUUGUUCGUAUGAAACAACUCAAAACUUUUUAACUACCAUCAGAGAAGAAGAGGGAUUUAUUGCUUUAUUUGUUUUAUAUACGGCAUUUGCUUUUGCAAGUUUUGUUUCUCCUUCGUUUUGCACCUUAGUGGGAGAAAAAACAACUAUCAUUAUUGGAAGUUCAGGAUAUAUUUUGUUUGUGUUCUCCGCAGCUAUUGAGAGCUCUGCUCUAUUAUAUGUGGCUGCUGCAUACAAUGGUUUUUGUGCUGCCCUACUAUGGACCAGUCAAGGAAGUUUACUGACAUUAUCUGCAAAUUACUCUCAGCAGAUUAAAAAAGCUGAAAAAUUAGUGACACCAAGCACAACUGAAGUGAGUGGAAAAUUUCAACCACAUGAAAAAGAAGAUUCUAACAAUAAUAGCAACAUUUCUCACUCCUUUACAGAGGAAGACACCGAAAUGGUUGAGAUUAAAUUGAAUAACGAUGAAGACCUGAUAGAGAAUGAAUUCAAUACACAUCCUAACACGCAUGAUGGUAGUAAAACUCACUCGAAUGAACAAACCACACAAAGUGUCCCACGCUCUGUUGAAUUAAUGGGCGUGUAUAGCGGAAUUUUCUUUGGAAUUUAUCAAAUGAAUUUUAUUGCUGGAAAUUUAUUGGCUGGUUCUCUAAUUUCUGCUGGAUUUUCGAACUUUUCAAUCUUCUUUAUUCUAGGAUGUUUAUGUGUGGUUGGAAUGAUUUCUUUAUUUACUAUUCAAUCUUUGAAGCUGACAUCUCCAUGCUCGAAUACUACUGAGGCUGAAUCAUCCUCAAUGAAUGAAAAUACCUCACCGAGUAUUUCAAAGAAAAUUGAAUUUGUGAAGAGCCAAGGAAUUGAAUUUUUGAAGCUGGUUAAAGGAAGCGUUUUCGUUUUGUUUUCCAAAAAGAUGCUCAUCUUCUCUCUCAUUAGUAUUUACUCUGGGUUUUCAGCAUCAUUCUUUUAUGGAUCUCUUCCUCCAAUUAUUGGAAAAACAAGAAUCGGAUGGGUUAUGAUUUGCUUCGGAGUCAUGCAGGUUCUGUGUGCAUUAAUUUCUGGAAAGUUGAAUGAUUUUAUUGGACGAAGAACAAGUAUGGUGAUGUCUAUGGUCAUCCACGCGAUUGGUAUUGCAUUGUCAUUUCAAAUGGUUUAUUGGGGACGAUAUUCUCUCAAGAAUAAUGAAACGGAGCCUCCAACAGAGGUUUACGUACUGUUUUUUGUUACAAUGGGAGUUUUCGGUGGAGCUGAUGCAUUCCUGACGAAUUCAAUCUAUUCCAUCUUGGGAAGUAGAAAUUACUAUAAGAAGAAACAUACAAGUGAGGCAUUUUCUGCUUUCAGAUUUGUUCAGUCCAUCUCCACUGCUGUAGGAUUUGCCUUUGGAAUUGUUCUCUCCAUUGUCACCAUUCAGUUUUUGUUGGUCCUUUCAUUUGUCUUGUGCAUUGUUGCAUUUUUGAUUCUUGAUGGAUGUAUUGCGAGUGUCGAUAAGGAAAAACAUAAAAGCACUAAACGCAAAACGAACGAGACAUCAGGGAGUCUUCAUGACAAGGAGUCACCACAAGGAGUGAGUGCUCACUAA